AAUUAAACAAAACUUUGCUUUAUUACUGUAAGAGGAAAAUUAAUCAACGACAAAGCUCAUCCGGAUUUCAUUAACUGUCUGACUAAUAAAUAACUUUCGUCUCUUUUUUUGUCUUGUUACAGAUUUCACAAUGACAGACUGCAGCAGUUUUCAUAGCUCAAAUUCAAGUUCGAGCGAUUUAAAUUCUCAUCAUGGUGCGAUGUCAAAAAUUCGCACCCUUCGACUCGUUCGACCACACACAGGGAAUCGCAAUAAUCUCACACUCGGUCAUCCACCAUUUUCAUCCUACGGCUUCUCAUUGCGCGGGGGACGAGAAUUUGGAACAGGCUUCUUCGUCUCAAGUGUCGUCAAGGGUAGUGAAGCAGAUUUGAAAGGUUUGCAAGUUGGCGAUCAAAUCAUUAGAGUAGGUGGAAGCACGGGAAGUUAUCGAGUCGAUGAUGCAGUUCACAAAGAACUCUCACAGUUUAUCAUCAAUCAAGAUCGAAUAACAUUGAAAGUCCGAGGUGUUGGAAUCAUUCCCGUUAAAGAAAAAUGUUCAGAUCCAUUAACAUGGCAUGUUGUGCCAUUGAAUUCGUCAAUGGUUUUCGCACACGAUGAUGUAACACCAAAAGAUAUUCGAAUCGUUUUGAAUGUUGCACCACGAACAAAGUUGGGAUGCGGAAUUUGUAAAGGUCCGGAUUGGAAGCCGGGAAUUUUCGUACAAUUCACGAAAGAGAAUGGAAUUGCAAGAGAGUCUGGAUUACGUCCUGGUGAUCAAAUUCUAAGUUGCAAUGGUGUCGACUUCAGUGACAUUGCAUUCAGUGAAGCUGUGUCGAUUAUGAAGAAUUCAUCAACACUUGAAUUGUCGGUGAGAACAUGCGUUGGUUUGGAUCUUUUCCCAGGUGAGUCUAGUGGCUACAACAGCAGUGCUAGCAGCAUAACUGGCGACCAAAGUCCAUGUUGGGGCGAAGCAGCGAAAAGACUAAGCAUUGUCCGAGAAGAAUCGACGGGGUCAAGUGAUCGCAUGAACGGAACUUUCAAAUUUCGCGAUCGACGAAAAGACAAACCAUUGCCAGUUGAUGUUCCUAAGAUUCCGUCAAGUUUCACAAAGCCAACAAAUACAAAGAACCAUCCAAACACGACAAUAAUAAAAUUGUCGGAAGAUGGGCCGACCAUGAUCAACAACACGAUGAUUCCCGAUGUGAAGAACAUCAACAACACAGUUUAUGAAGAGAUUGGAAACCAAAAACUCAUGUCAGAAGACGUAGCAGCAAAAGAUAAAAUCGCCAACAUUUGUUUUGUUUCUCGACAGAAUGAAACAAAGAUCGUCACGGUUGAAGUUCAUCGAAGUUCUGCUCCGAACAUCGCACCACCACCACAAUUUGCGAAUCAAGUAAAUGAUGGCAGUAAUGAAGAACCGUCAUCAUCGUCGGAACAGUCAAGUUUAAGUAGUGCCAUCACAGAAGAACUAAAACGACGAGCUGAGAAAAAACUUAAAAAUUCCCAGACGGCACCAUCUGAAGUACCACAAAAAAUUGAGUCAACUCAAAAGAAAACCAAAGCCAACACAAUAAUGGGCGGCCACAUUCAUAAUAUUCUAAUGGAUGAAUUCAAGAAAGCCCAUCAGAAAAUGUUCAAGAACGGUUACGUUGAAAGCGAAUACCAGCAGUCGAAUGAUGAAACAACAAAGAUUACAGCACUCGACAAUAAUGAACGUAAAUUAGAGGAACGUCAGUUGUUGAAAAAGAAUGUGCCUCCAAUUCGAAAGCUUUCUGAUGAUACGAAGUCAUCGCUUGAGAUGAAUGGAAAUCUACUGCCGAAGAAACUUACCAAUGAGUUACCACAGAAAAAGAAAGCUCCACCUCCGCCACCCGUUGCUAAAAAAUUCGAGAAACAGGUUUCUCUUCCAGCAAGUUUCAUUGAACCAGUCCCAGACUACGAUUCGCCUAACAACACUUUGGUCAAGGGAAACAAUGAAAGGCCAAAGGGCACCAUGGGACGUAUUGCGAUGCAAGAAGCAAUAAAAGCAAAUGGCGAUUUGGCUGAAAUGGAAUCGAUUGAAUCAUUUCAACUUAACAAUCCAUCUUCACAAAUUCCUGUUCCACCACCAAUGUAUUUUUCGUCUCAAAAGUCUGGUCCCCCGACGAUGAAAAAGAUUCAAAGACCAAUUUCAGUUAUCAUUAAUUCUUAUGACGAUAAGAAAGAGCCUGGAAAGUUUGAUUUCAUCGAAGCUCAAUCGAAUGCCCAUGGCAAUAAUAUAAAUCAAAGAAUGAAUGAAGAUAUGUCAACAAAGUUGAAGAAUGAACUUGAAAAGACUUUGUCACGGUCAAAUCUUCGACGUCGAACCGAUUCAUUGGAUGAUUUGCUGAAAUCGGACCAGAAAAUGCCCGGAAACAUCAUGCAUAUCAACAAUAAUCUGAAUAAAGACUUAAAUGGCAAUAAGUUGCCAUACGACGUUUCAAAGCUUAACAUUAAGAAAUAUGAAACAUCAACAUUGAAUGGAAUAUUAAAGAACGGAUCGUCUAAAAUCAACGGGCCUGCAAAUGGCCAUGCUAAGAAUAUUACAUUUGGUGAAGUGAAACACAAUCGUAUAUCGCAACAAGCAAUUCAGUUUCAUUUAAAACGAAUAAGUAAAAGGAACAAAAUGAUGUUGAAAUUGGCGUUUUUAUCUCUUAUCGGUCUAGUGGGUUUGAUUCAAUGCUUUGAUGAUAAUAUCCCAUUUGUUCCUGAUUUCUCUGUUGGUGACAAGCAACCCAAAAUAGUCGGUGGUAUUGACGCGUACAUUGAAGAUGCGAAAUAUCAAGUUUCACUUCGUAGAUUUGUUGGGAAUGAUACUGAUGGUGUUUGGGGACAUUCAUGUGGUGGUUUUAUUAUUAGUCAAGAUGCAAUUGUUACAGCAGCUCAUUGCAUUUAUGGUCGGGAAACAUCAAAAUACCAAAUUCGUGCUGGUUCUGAUUUGAGAUCGCAAGGUGGCCAAAUUAUUGACGUUAAAAAAUUUUUCCUUCACGAAGAUUAUCAACCAAGUGGUUAUUACAAUGACAUUGCUAUCGUCAAACUUGAAAAGCGUUUAACAUUCAAUAGCAAAGUUUGGUCAAUUCCAUUACCUCCAAAAGGUUACAAAGUUCCAGAUGGAGAUGCAUUGUUGGUGAGUGGGUGGGGAGCUUUAUCAUGGCAAGGCUCGUCACCAGAACGUCUUCAGAAAGUUUAUGUUCCUGCGGUUUCCAAUGAACAAUGUGCAAGAGCCUAUAGCAACAUUCGUGAUCAUAAAAUUUGUGCUGGCGCUGAAGGUCUCGAUAGUUGUCAAGGUGAUUCUGGUGGUCCAAUGACACAUAAAAAUUUCGUUGUUGGAGUCGUGUCAAGUGGUUAUCGUUGUGCUUAUGAUGGUUUUCCUGGAAUAUAUACUCGAUUUUGGACAUUACUUGAUACAAUGUGGAAGCUAGUAGGAGUUUUGUUAACAGUUUUUGCUUGUGUUUCAGCAAAUUCUGUGCCUCGUCAUCGUUACCAACCGAAUGCCCAGAAUAUCGCUGGAGAAAAAUUAAACCGUGGUGGAAGAAUUGUUGGUGGAAGUGAUGCAAGAAUAGAAGAUCAUCCUUAUCAAAUUGCUCUGUUUUAUCAACGACGACAUACUUGUGGUGGAUCAAUUUUAAAUCAAAGAAUUGUUCUUUCAGCAUCUCAUUGCACUUUUGCUCGUGAUCACAGCAAUUUCCAAAUUCUUUCUGGAACAAAUGACAUCAGAUCAACAGAUUUGAUUGAUGUUUCCCAAGUUAUUGAACAUCCCGAUUAUGAUGAUUGGACACUUGAAAAUGACAUUGUUGUGUUGAAAUUAAUUCAAAAUUUAAUUUUUGAUAACACUCGACAACCGCUUCCACUUCCUGUCCCAAACUUCGAUGUCGCUUCAGGAAGACAAUGCAGCAUUAGUGGAUGGGGAGAUUUAGAAUGGGGCACAGCAAAUUAUCCAGAUAUCCUUCAGAAUACCAGAGUACCUGCUAUGACGAAUGAAGAAUGUCAGGCAAUUUAUACGGACGAAGAAAUAUUGGAUACCAAUAUUUGUGCUGGAGAACGUGGUCGCGAUGCAUGUCAAGGUGAUUCUGGAGGUCCUUUGGUCUACAAUGGAGUUCAUGUUGGUAUCGUUUCCUGGGGAUAUUAUUGUGCUUUGGAUUAUCCAACGGUGUAUGCAAGAGUAUCAGAGUUUCUUGGAUUCAUUCUUUCAAAUUUAUAAAAAAUAAAUAAAUAAAUUCAUAUUUGAUCGAAGUCUUGCA